AUCUCAGUUUUAAUAGUUUAAGGUACUAAAGCUCAUUUAGCUGGUGAUAUCCUAUAUACUACAUGGGAGGGGAACUGUUUCAGGUAGGAAUUGUUAGAUAUAAUUAUUAGGUAUAAUUUUGCCCCCUAGAAGGAAAUGAGGAGAUAAGGGGAAAGAGACCAAUUAGGAAAACUGAUGAAUAGGGGUUUUUUGUUUUCAUAUAUAUUUUUUGAUGAAUAGUUUUUUAAAGAAGGUAUUGGGGAGGUAGAGUGGUAAAGUGAAAAACCCAAUGGGAGUAGCAUCAGAGGACUUGGGUUCAAAAUUUAGUUCUACCACUGACUAUUUGUGUAAUCUUGGGCAAGAUUUAACUUUUUGGGGUGUAACAGUUUCCACUUCUAUAAAAUAAGGGAGUUAGAUUAGUUGCCUGUCUAAGCAUAUUCCAAUUCUAAAUGUAAAAAUAACUCAGGAUCUAGCUAUUUUAUUUUCUGGGCAACUGCUAAACUAUUGCUAACCAGGAGAUGGCAACAUUGUUAACUUUAUCACAACAACAACAAAUUGUAUUCACUUAUACUUUUUAAAUUCAGCUUUCUUUGUAGUCUCUUUUGUAGUCAUAUACAAAGUCAGUAUAUUUUGUAAUAAGAUGUAGUGAUAAUCUUAAGAGUCCAAACAAUAAAAUCUCAGCGAUUUUUAGCAUUGAAUAAAUACUUCAAAUUGCAACCCACUUUCAUUGGAAAGGGGUUUAAAAAAACAUGCUUUCCUUUCUAAAUCUCCAUUUAGACAGCUAUCAACAUUUUCCCAUUGAGCAAUUUAUUUUUUUUCCCCUUAGAAUAUGUUAUUUUGCUGAAGCUAUAUACGACUUGCUAGAUUGAUCCCUUGUGAGAUACAUUUGAAGGUUAAGUAACUACAGAUCUCAGCUAAUCCUUUGUAAUCUCUGAUAAACGGACAUGUGAUACUCACAGGCUCCUGAAUGCUUGGGAUUUGGUUUUUAGCUUUUGUUCUAAUAUACUUUAAUAAGAGGGAUGCAUCUAUUGGCUUAUUUGAGCCUCUUGUUUAGCAUUUUUGAAGGAGUGAGCACUUCUUGUCCUUCGCAAUGCAACUGUGAUUCCCUCAGCAGAAGUGAUGGUACCGGCACAAGGUUGGUGUUGUGCAGUGACCCAGAUAUGUAUGAGAUUCCUACGAAUGUUCCUGUAGACACAAUGAAGCUCCGAAUAGAAAAGACUGUCAUACGCAGGAUCCCCACUGAGGCCUUCUACUAUCUGGUAGAACUCAAGUACCUCUGGGUGACUUAUAACUCUGUGACCAGCAUUGACACCAGCAGCUUUUAUAACCUGAAGCAUCUGCAUGAAUUGCGCUUGGAUGGCAAUUUGCUGACUGCUUUUCCCUGGGAAUCUUUGCUGGAGAUGCCCAAUUUACGAACUCUGGAUUUACACAAUAACAGAAUAACUAAUGUGCCAUCUGAGGCUACCAAGUACCUGAAGAAUCUUGCCUACCUGGAUAUAUCAAGCAAUAGACUCACCACUUUGCCUCCUGACCUUUUGGACUCCUGGACACAUUUCUCAAAAGAUUUAAUAUCUAGAAGCAUGGACUUCCCACCAUCAAGAAUCAUAUUAGGUUUGCAGGACAAUCCAUGGUUCUGUGAUUGCCACAUUUCCAAAGUGAUGGAAUUGUCAAAAGUUUUAGACCCCACUGUGGUGCUUCUGGAUCCUUUACUGGUCUGUAGUGGACCAGAGACCCUCACAGGGAUCUUGUUUCAAGGAGCUGAGCUGGAACAAUGCCUGAAGCCAUCAGUGAUGACCUCUGCCACCAAAAUCACAUCAGCUCUAGGAAGCAAUGUUCUUUUGCGUUGUGAUACCACAGGGUACCCCACACCAGAGCUCAUUUGGACCAGGGCAGACAACUUGCCAGUUAACUCUACAGUAAUUCAGGAAACUCCAGGAGAUGGAGUCAGAUGGUCCAUAAUAAGCCUGACUGGAAUUUCUUACAAGGAUGCAGGUGAUUAUAGCUGCAAAGCCAAAAACCUGGCUGGCACAUCAGAAGCUAUUGUUAGUGUUACUGUGGUUGGCAUUGUUACCACAACCAUACCCCCUCAAAAAUCAGGAAAGAAAGUUGGAGGUGAUCAGCUUCUGGAAGAAGCCAUGCAUGCAACUGAAAAGACUACAUUCAGAACUACAUCCCCAUCCUCUUUAUCUUCUUCUUCUUCUUCUUCUUCUUCUCCUUCUUCUUCUUCUUCUUCUUCUUCUUCUUCUUCUUCUUCUUCUUCUUCUUCUUCUUCCUCUUCUUCUUCUUCUUCUUCUUCUUUUCUUCCUCCUCCUUCUUCUUCCUCUUUCUCCUCUUCCUCCUCUUUUUCCAUCAUCACUUCUGCCAUGAUACCUAUCACCACUGAAAUAUCAGUAGAUACUAGUAUAACCAACAAAAAGCCUCCCAAGUCUUUUCCAAAUGGAAAAAGGAAUUCAAAAGUGAUGAUGAAUGGAGGCAAAUUUCCACCAGCCAGUGCCAGAAAGAAAGAAGUGUCAUUAUUUAGCACUGCAGCCACCACUGAGCCUGGUAUCAUAAUAAAAAACCUCAAAGUAGUUAAUGAGACCUAUGAAAGUGCGACCUUGACCUGGAAGACUAUUAAUGCCACAAAGAACACUGCUAUUACUGUGCUGUAUUCCAGGUAUGGUGAGGAGGACAUGAUCCCACUAAGCAUUGACUCCAGUGAAACACAAAUUACAAUAGAUAGUUUGGAGGCUGGCAAGCAGUAUGUGGCUUGUGUCUGUCCCAAGGGAAUCUCUCCUAAGAUGGAGCAAUGUAUCACCUUCUCCACUGAUAGGAUGAAUGAAAAGAUGAACUCUCAAAUCUCUUUUCUUAUUGUGGCAAGUAGUGCUGCUUGUGUGGUUGUUUUGCCACUGAUUUUCUAUCUGUUGUACAAAGUUCUUAGAUUUCAGUACAAGCCAAAGGCUAUCAGGGAAGAUGAUCUAGCAAAAGAGACUUAUAUACAGUUUGAAACUCUCUCUCUCAGACCCUAUCCUGCACAGGAGCUCUGGACUCGAAGGCGCAUAGAUGAAUCAGAAAGAUUAUUGCUCUGUUCUAGGUCAAGUGUAGACUCUCCUAUGAUCUUCAACAAUGAGGGUUUAAGUUCAGAAUACUAUUGCUAAUAAUUUGCUAUAAAGAGACAUGGGGAUUGGAUAAUUGGAUAGAACUGACCUUUUCUUGGAUGGGCUGUGGACUUAGCUAUAAAAUGCCAACAUUUUAGCCUCUGUAUCUUCUAAAAACAACAACAACAACAACAAAACCUAUGGAGUGUGGGAACGUUCUUAUGUUUAAUGUGUGUUUUUUUUAAUACCACGAGAUUUCAAAACUGAAAGAAUUUCUACAGAUCUUAGAUGAAUUUUGUAUGUUUUGGCAGUGGGUCUUUAGUACUAUUUUGUUAUUUGGUGUUUUUUUAGUUUAUUUGAAAAAAUAAUUUCAUGGCAAUGUUGCAAAUGUAUAUGCUG